GCAAAAGAAAACGAGAGAGAGAGAGAGAGAGAGACGGGAAGAAAUGGUGAAAUGCACUGCAGGGCUACAAUUUUUCUCGCAAGAAUCUUCUGCUGAGUACGGUAAACUCAUGUAGGUAUAAUCACCUCAGCUAGUGAUCUUUAUCGUUUGGGAUUAUUUAAACAUUCUUGAUCAAAAUUAGAGGAUUUUGAUGGUUUAUGCUCACUCGAACACUUCGAAGAUCUGUUUUUUACAUACGAAGACUCUAAUUUUGUGUUUCUAGGGUUAUUGAAGAACUUCAUUUGCGUUUUUCAUUUGCUUUUCGAUGAGUGUAGUUUAGUGGUGGAAAGAGAUUUUGGUUUGAGAAUAGCUAUGUCUAUGAAUAACAACAACCCAGCGAGGAAUGUAGGGGCUCCGUCCCAAUUUACCAAUUUGGGGUCCUUGCCUGUGAACCACCAAGCACCUCACCUACUUUCACAGGCACAGGCUCAAUCACAAGGUGUGUCUCACUUUCCUGGCCAUUUUCAGGUGCCUGAGCCUCGAGCCCAGGCGCUUUCCUUCAAUCAGGGGCAUGUUCAGGCACAAACGCAGGCUGUUCAUGCGCAGUACCAAUCUCAGUUUCAAGCACAAAGCCAAUCCCUUUCCCAAUUGCAGAACCCCAAUAUUAGCAAUGUUGGUGUCCCUUCACCUUCCAGUUCCUUACUUGGCACGGGAAGUGCCAAAAAGUCUUCCCAGAGACCUCCUUCUAGACCUGCGGGAGGUUCAUCCAAUGCCAACGUAGCUUCCCCAUUCAAAACCAUGGAGUUGACUCCAGCUGCACUUAGAAAGAAGAGGAAGUUUUCUGAGAAGCAAUUACCUGAUAACGUGUCUGCAAUUUUACCGGAAUCUGUGCUUUAUACACAAUUACUUGAAUUGGAGGCUAGGAUGGAUGCUGCUAUGACAAGAAAGAAGAUGGACAUUCAAGAGUCACUUAAAAACCCUUCCCGUGUGCGAAAAACGCUUCGCAUUUAUGUUUUCAAUACCUUUGAGAAUCAAGGACAAGAGUCUCUUGACAAAAAGAGUGCAGAGCCCCCUUCUUGGUCACUUAAGAUUGUUGGAAGGAUUUUGGAAGAUGAAAAAGAUCCUGUGGUGUCUGGAAUGGUGCAGAAACCAUACCUGAAGUUUUCUUCUUUCUUUAAGAAAAUUACAGUAUACUUGGAUCAGAGCCUUUAUCCAGAUAAUCAUGUAAUCCUUUGGGAGAGUGCUCGAUCUUCUGCAGUUCACGAGGGAUUCGAGGUGAAGAGGAAAGGUGAUAAGGAAUUCACCGCGAUGGUAAGGCUAGAAAUGAAUUAUAAGCCUGAGAAAUUUAAGCUUUCACCUGCUUUAACAGAAGCUCUUGGAAUUGAGGUAGAAACCCGCCCAAGAAUAAUAGCUGCAAUUUGGCACUAUGUUAAGUCUAGGAGACUGCAAAACCCAAAUGAUCCAGCCACUUUUGUGUGUGAUCCGCCCCUUCAAAAAGUAUUUGGUGAAGACAAAAUAAAGUUUGCAAUGGUUUCCGAGAAAAUAUCACAUCACUUAAUUCCUCCACAGCCCAUUCAUUUGGAGCACAGGAUCAAGUUAUCAGGGAACUGCCCAGCUGGAACAACUUGUUACGAUGUGUUAGUUGAUGUGCCUUUUCCGUCACAAAAGGAAUUAUCAGCAUUCUUGUCAAUCAUGGAAGGUCAGAAAGAAAUAAAUGCUUAUGACGAAUUGAUUUCCCAGUCAAUAAAGAAGUUAAAUGAGCAUUAUCGGAGACGGGCUUUCUUUCUUGGUUUCAGUCACUCUCCAGGAGACUUUAUUAAUGCUUUAAUUGCAUCACAGAGCAAGGACCUAAAGCUUGCCGCUGGAGAAGCUAGCCAUAACACAGAAAAGGAACGCUGCUCUGAAUUUUAUGGUCAACCAUGGGUUGAAGAUGCUGUUUUGAAGUAUCUAAAUCGCAAGUCUGCUGCAAUCGAUGCUCCUGGUAGCACUUGAGUGAAGGUGAUUCAUUGAAUUCUUAGGCUACCAGACUUCUUCAUACAUCCUGUCCAGCAUCAUUUUUCUCGCAAUGUGAUAGAGAAGUUCCAAUCCUCUGCCCGCAGAUAAUAAUUUAUCAGCAUUUUUGUUCUCUUUAAUCUUUAUUAUUGGGUUUGAUUAGACUGUGUUAAAGAAUAUAAUUGGAUCUUCUUUUGGUUUCUUAUGCAAGAGAUAAUCAAAAUGUAUUUCUAUGGUUUUCAUUCAUCGUAUGUCUGUAUUCAUAAAUCCCAAAUAAUAUUGAGUUCAUGUUCAUAAAUUCAUAUCAGAAAAUUGUGAUUUUA